CCUCCUGUUCUGCUUCGAGGAUGAUUCUCGUUGUAAUAGGUUGAGAUUCGAGAGGUCUCUGCUUCAGGCUUGAGCUGAAGCCAAGGCUGUUGCGUUGGUCAAGCAAUGGAGUGCUCUUCCUCUUCGUUUAGGUUUUUCUCAACGCUCUCGAAGCCUCCCUCCGUAUCACACAGCACCACUACCAGUCGUUUAUGGACCAUAUCCCCGUAUAGAAGAAGCAACAGAAUUAGAUGGAAAAUGAGAGCUUCAGCGGAGGUCUCUGGCUUCUCCUACCAGAAAUUCAUUGACUUCGCGUUGGAUGAAAGCAGGCGCCGUACUCAGUUAUCUCCUUCCGCCGUGCAGGACAAUUUCAGUUCUUUGGUUCCAAUGGAUGGAAAAACGGAGCUUCAAGUUUUAUCUCUUCAAGCUUCCAAGAUCAGACUCCUUCGUAGUUUGUAUGUUCAAGGCAAUGAACCAAUGCAGAUGCAGGUUCUGGAUUUUGCUGUGUUCCCAAAGCCAGAAUUUGAUCUGCCUAUAUUCUGUGCCAACUUUUUUGCCACUGCUAGUUUGACCAUUGUUGUGCUGGACCUUAACCCCUUGCAUGAUGUUAUUAGUCAAAGGGAUUACAAGGAGAAGUACUAUAAGAACUUGAUGCCACUUGGCCUAAAGUAUGCUGAGCUUUUACCUUGGGGAGGCAAGAUUACUAGUGAAUCUUUGAGAUUUUUCUCACCAAUUGUAAUAUGGACAAAGUUUCUCCCAAGCCAACAAAUGAAUGAUGUGUUAUAUUCUGCCUUCAUGGAUUACUACAAGGCAUGGCUUGACCUGAUGGAUCAAGCAGCAGAGGAGACAAAUACUUCUGAAAUAACCCGUAAUUGUGAAGCACAGCAUAGGUAUUUAACAUGGAGAGCAGAGAAGGAUCCAGGUCAUCGAGUUCUAAAAAAGUUGAUCGGGGAGGCUCAUGCAAAGGACAUGGUGAAGAACUUCCUCUUCAAUGGAAUUGAUGAAUUGGGAAGUAAGACAUUUUUGGAUUACUUCCCCGAGUACCAGUGCGAGGAUGGGACUAUAAAUGAGAAACGCAGUAUCAUAGGGAAAUCAUUUGAGCAUCGCCCCUGGGAUUCAUCAGGAGAGUUUAUCAGUAAUGCCUUUAGAUAAUGCAAUACUAUCUUUCCCUCCCUAUCUCACAUUUUGCACUAGGCCUUGGUACAUUAUUUUGUUCGUUGUUGGACUCUGUUGUGUAAUUUUGAUGUACUGCAACUGUUAAGCAUGACUGAUAAUUGUAACUAUUAUUAUGUCAAGGAAGAGUGGUGGCUGAUUGUUCAUUUU